AUGAUCGCAAGGUUUUCCGGAUGCAGUGCACAUACGUUUCGCAUAAAAAAUAAACCCACACCUGAAGGAUAUAAGAUAUUAUCUUUAUGUGAUUCAGAUUAUACUUAUACUUUUAUGUUCUUGUCUCGUAUUAUGCCAUCUAGUAUAGAAUUAAUUCCAAAUCUCAACAAAACUGGUUCCGAAGUAUAUCAUCUAGUUAAACAAUUACCACAAGGACAUGCUUUAAUAUUUACAUGGACAACUUUUUUUCAAUGGGAUCACUUGAUAGGAGUAGUAGUCGAUGACGUAUUAAACUUUUUAUGGAUUGACAAUGGUCCCGUUACGAUGCUUACAACCAUACACAAAAUUGAUAGACAAGAUUGUAAAAUUAAAAGAAAUCGUAGAAAGCUACGUGAAACCAGUACAAACUAUAAAAAUAUUAGAUCAGUAUUUGGUGAUGAAGUUCGAAAAGUUAUAUCUAUUCCAGUUGCAGUUGAUAAUUAUAAUCACCAUAUGGGCGGAGUAGAUAUUGCAGACCAAUUAAGAAGUUAUUAUUCAACUCAAUUGGCUGUUUUUAGAGCAUGG